UGUAUGGGUUGCUGGCCCAUGAAAACAUAAAAGAGCAGCAGCGAGUGGGAGAGGAGGCACUGUCGCCUGCCCCGCAGGCUGACCCCACUCCCAGCCACAGCGGAGCAUCCCUGCCUCGGGAAGCUCGGCCAAGCGGGAAGCCAGGCAGUGACGAACCCAUCUGCUGGCAUUUGGAGAAAGAUAGGUAAAGCUGAGCGAUAUAAUUCGCUGAGUAAAAGGAGGAGACGCUUGGCAGCUUGGCACCAGUACUAAUGAAGCCAAUAGCCUUCCCUGCUCUCUCCUUUUGGCCGGCUCUCAUUUUGGCUGGCUUCCUUGGCAUACACAUCACUGGCAGUUUUGUGAGAAGUCAGAAGAACCAUACGCUAAUUUUCACCAAGGAAAACACAAUUCGCAACUGCAGCUGCUCGGCAGAUAUCCGUGAUUGUGAUUACUGCCUGGCAAACUUGAUGUGCAAUUGCAAAACCGUGCUGCCUUCUACCAUGGAAAAAACUACCUACAAUAGCCACCUGACCAUUUGGUUCACAGACACCUCCGUGCUGGAGAUGCUUCUCAACUUCACAAGGGUGUGGGAUCUGAAGCUGUCCUUCUGUGGCACUGCUCCCCUCCCAACAGAAUACUUGGCCAUUUGGGGACUUCAAAAGCUCCGGGUAAAAAAAGUCAAGGGACGAUUUCCAGAGCAGAGUGUAACCAUCCACAGCAGCAGCAGCAAUGAAAAAGAAAAUUCACUUGCAGUGCACAACAAAGACAGGCAAAUGCUUGUAUAUAUUUCUUUUCUGGAUACCUCGCUUUUCAAUGGAUAUUCUUUGCUGAAGUCGUACAGUGUGGAAAACGUCUCUAGUAUCACGGAGCAUUUCCCCAGCCUGCUGUACUCCGACGUUUUCUCAACAUCAGAUAACAAGAGCUAUGUUGUAACAUUCAUUUACUGAGUUAUUUAAUAGUCAGUAAAGUAGUCAGAGGCACAGCAAACUGCUAAGAGAGAGAUGGGACUUCUUUAAGUUUGUUUGGUUUGGCCAGGAGGAGCUGUUAUGGGAUGGACAGUUCUGACUGUGAUAUCACUCUACAAGGAGGUGUUUAAAGUAAGACAGACUCAUCAGGCUAAUUCAGUAAAUGCUUUCUUAAAGAACAAAGAAAAUGUGAAAUGACUGAUUUAGAAAGCAUAGGUACAAAUUCUUUUUAUAUAUUGUAAGCUAGAGAACUGAGAUCUGCAGAUAAAUUUUGUUUUAAGGUUGUGCCUCAGACAGAAGAAGACAUAACCAUGUAUGUCCAACUGUAGAAGAACCUGAGCCUCCCAGAGAAUCACUCAGGUUAGGUGGCAGCUCGGGAAGUCUCCAGUCCAACCCCCUGCCCAAGCAAGGCCACCUCUGGGAUCAGACCAGGCCACUCAGUGUUUUCUGCAGUCGGGUCGCGAAAACCCUCAAGCACAGAGCCUGCACAACCUCAUUGGGCAACCUGCUCCACUGCCUGCUUGUCCUCAUGGGGAAACUUUUUUCCAUGUAUUAACCCCAGUCCUCCCUUCUCCAGGCUGAGCAAGCCCAGUUCCGUCACGCUUUUCUCACCCUCACAUGCCCCAGCCCCUGACCAUCUUGGUGGUUCUCCACUGGACCACUUCAGCUGAUCCAUAUCCUUCUUGCACUGCGGGGGGCCAAAACUGCAUGCAGUACUCUGUAUGCAGUCUAGUAAGUGCCAGGACAAGGGGAAUAAUC